CUUCUAGAAAUUUUGGUGGUUUCACAAGUUGCAGAGUUUCCCACUUCUAUUCAAAUGGUUUAAUUUAUCCUCCACUGAUUAGAGGAGGGUUCAAAAAAUGGGUUCACUUUCUUCUCAAACACAAGGGCUCAAAGCAACAAAAACCACUGCAAUUUUGAACCCAUAUCUCUCUUCAUCUAAACAAGCUUCUUCUUCUUCUUCACAUUCAUGUUUCUUAAAGAACCCCAGUUCAUGUUCAUGUGGAUCCUCAACAAAAAGCAAUCCUUUUCUCAGGAGUCAAUUUCAUGGGAGGUUCUUUCUUGGGUCUAAUUCAAACCGAACUAGAAGAAAUAAGGCAGGGUUUGUGGUCUCACCAAGUUGUGUCCUUCCAUUAACUGAAGAGAAUGUGGAGAAGGUUUUGGAUGAGGUGCGGCCUGGCUUGAUGGCUGAUGGAGGCAAUGUGGCUUUGCAUGAGAUAGAUGGCCUUGUUGUGGUAUUGAAGUUACAAGGAGCAUGUGGCUCAUGUCCAAGCUCAACCAUGACCCUAAAGACGGGAAUUGAAACUCGAUUGAGAGACAAAAUUCCAGAAAUAAUGGCAGUGGAGCAGAUCCUGGACACAGAGACAGGACUCGAGCUAAACGAAGAAAAUGUGGAAAAGGUUCUUGCUGAGAUUAGACCAUACCUUGUUGGCGCAGGAGGUGGAGAACUUGAGCUUGUUGAGAUCAAAGAAUAUGUUGUAAAGGUUAGGCUUAGUGGCCCUGCAGCUAGAGUUAUGACCGUCCGUGUUGCUUUGACCCAGAAGUUGAGGGAAAAAAUACCUGCCAUUGCAGCUGCCCAACUAAUUGAUUGACAGAGAAACCAUGGGAAACUGAAUGCAUUUAAACAGAAACUCAAGAGUCCAUAUUCCUCAGAGCAGGAGGAAUGAUCAAACAUUCAAAUGGUUGCGUGGGAAUUGUGUGUUUCAUUAAUGGAUGCGGUGUCCUUUCUACAUACUUUUAGGCCUCUAGGACAUAUGCCACAAGAAAAUGUGUAGGACAUA